AUGCAAACAGAUCUAGUUAAUGGUACAAUUGGUAUUAAAGAAAUCGAAUUAAAUUGUGAGGCUAUUAAUGCAAUAUUAAAAGAAUUAUCCUUAAAUAUUAGAAUUAUUGAUAGUUAUGUGGGUAAUAUAUCAGCAAAUAUCCCAUGGAAUGACUUAAAUAAAAGUUCUUGUGUUGUUAAAGUUGUUGAUUUACAAAUAACUAUUAAUGCAAGAAGUGGAAUAAUUAAUUAUAAUAAUAGUAGUAUGUCUGCUCAGGAAAUUGUUACAUCAAUGAUGGAAUCAAUGAUAUCAUCAAAAGAUUUAGCAUCAAAUGUUAUGUCUGAUGAUGGUGAUAAUACUAGUACGAAUAGUGGUAGUACAUUUAAUGAAGAUACGCAAGGAAAAGAUACAAUAGCUGGUAUUAUUGAACUUAUGAUGUCACGAGUACAAAUAAUUUUUGAAAAUACUGUUAUUCGUAUUGAAACAGAUGAAGAUUAUAAUGAAACGGGUGUCAAAACAGCCAUAGAAUUAGAAAUUGAAAGAAUUGAAUUUUUAGAUCAAUUUUUAGAAGAAGCUAAAAUUAAAUCUGGAAUAUCAGAUGAUAGAGUAAUAAAAUUGGAUACAGAAAAUUUAUUUAAUACAUCAGAAAUAAAAAAAUUAUUUAAAAUAACUAAUGUAAAAAUUUAUACAGAUAUUUUUACAAAUGAAAGUCAACCAUCAGAAACAUUAGAUAGUAGUACAAGAAGUAGUAGUACACAAGAUAUUUAUGCAUCUGCAAUGGGUAGUUUUCAUUCAAAUGACUCAUUUGAUCAAAGUCAUAAUUUUAAAAGUAUAUAUCAAAGUGGUGAUAUAUUAAAGUGUGAAUCAGAAAUUAGAAAAGUAUACAGAGAAAGAGAAACAAUUAAAAGUAAAAUAAUAUUAGUUGCAGCUAUAUCUGGUAAAAACAAUCUUAUGCGUAUUAAUCUUCAUAAUUUUGGAACUGUACCAAGAGUUGAUCAGGUAUUUAAUAAAAAAGUUGACAUAUCAUUAUGUUUAAAAGAUGUCAAAUUUUUUACAACACCAACACAAUUAAGAAUUUUACAAAAAUUGGCAACACUUGUUGCAUCUGAUGAUAUGGGAAAUAAAAAUUUUGACAAAAAUUGUUAUGACAAUUGUGAAAAUGAAGAAAGACCAAUUGUUAGAAGAUUAGAAUCUGAUGACACACCAUUAUUAGAACAAGGUUUAAAUGAUUGUAUAGAAGAUGACAGAGCUAGUUUUAUUUCAGAACAUUUUUCAUUUGGUCAUAGAAAAUUUCAUCUUUCAAAUGUAAUAACGGAAGAAUUUAGUGAAACAUCAAAAAAAAUACCACCCGAUACAUCAACAAUUAAACAUGGAGGAAGUAUAAAGAAAAAUUCAAUCAAAAAUCGCAAUAGUUGUGAAAUAGAUGAUAGUUCAUCGGAUACAAUAACAAGAUAUGGUUCUACAACAACAUUAACUGAAAAAAAACCUGAUCUUAUUUCAUUAAAAGUAGAUAUUCAUAAUUUACAAGGUAUUAUUACACAUAAAGAUCCAUUAUCAUUAGAAUCAAUUAAAAAUGGUAAUUUUGAGAGUGUUGGAGAUGCAAUUAAUCAAAUAUCUGAAUGGUCAAAAAGUUAUUUUGAUAAUUCAACAAAUUUAAAGUUAAAUUUAAAUACAAGAAUGAAAGAUAUGAGAGAAACAUUUAAUGAUCUUUAUAAAGAUGAUCAUUUACGUUUUGUUGCAGCAACAACAAUUUUAUCAUUAUUUUGUGAAAAACAGUCAGAAUGUGAUCAAACAUCAUUAAGAUUAUCAAUUUUUAAUUGUGAGUUAAUUGAAUAUCUUUCUAAAUCAUCACAAGUUGAUAAAGAAACUGAUACAACAAUAAGUUUAUUAACUUUUGAUGAUUCAAUUCAAACAGAAAAUGAGGCACAAAUAAUUAUUGAUUGUCGUAUAGGAUCAGAUCACAAAAAUAUUGAUAUUGGGUUAUUACCAUGUAAAAUUGAAUUUGAUUUAUCUAUAAUUGAUAGAUUAUCAAAUUUAAUAUGUACAGAACCAUUUUAUACAGCUAAUUAUGAUUAUCCAUCAAAUACAUCAUAUACUGGUCAUAUAAUAAAUGAAGAAAAAAGAAAUUUAUUUGAAUCAACACAAAUUUUACAAGAUAAUUUUUUAUCUGCUUUAUUAAAAUGUGACAAAUUAACAAUAGAUUUUCGUUUCCCAAAAGCUGAUCUUAGAGAUAUUGAAUGUGAUAAAAGAACAUCAUAUAAUAUUCGCCAUAUUUAUGAUGAUUAUUUAAGACUUGAAUUAAAAUAUCUUAAUAUUGAAUUACCUAAAUUAUCUUUGAAAGAGUUAUCUGAACAUUUUUGUCUUCACAUAUCAUCAACAAGUAUUCUUGGAAAUGUGAUUGGUGAUUUAAAAUUAUUUGAUUGUACUAAAGAAGAACUUCAAUUUUUAUAUGCAUUUUCAGAAAAAGAAGAAGAAAAUGUUUUAAUAACAUUUAACUAUGAUAUUAGAAAUAAAUCACUUCAAGUAAAUACUAAGGAACAAUCAGAUAGUUCUGACAACGAAAAUCAAUUCUUUAAUUUAUCAUAUACUGUUGAAGGACCAUUUACACAUAAAAAAUCAUUGUCAAAUAAUGAAAUAAUGAUAAUGCCUGGUGAUAGAAAUGAAUUAUAUGAAUUUAGUAAAAAAAGUAAUGAAAAUGCUUUAAUGAACAUAUCUAUAUUUAUUCCAAAUUUAAGAAUAAUUUUUCCUAGCAAAAAAUUUUAUGAAAUAUUGUACAAUCGUUUUGGAAAUGAUAUUGCAUUAUGGGAACCUUCAGCACCAUGUUAUAAUAAAAAACUUGAAUUAAUAGAUGAUAUUUAUGAGAUAGAAAAAUCAAAAGAUAAUUUUCAACCAUGUCGUAAUGGAAUGGUUGAUUUAUCAUAUAAUGGUGAUGAUAAUAAUGGAUAUGAUAGUAAUGGUUAUAAUAAUAAUAAAAAAAAGAUGCGAUUAAUUGAAGUUGAUCCUCAUAAGAUAUCAAUUGUUGUAACAUCUAAAAAUGGUAAUAUACUUAUAUGUCAUAAAAAUAAUAUUUUAAUGGAAGGUAUUAUAACAAGUACUUUUCCAAGUACCAUUUUGUUAAAUGUUGAUGAUUUAAGAUUUUUUUAUGUACAUGGAUAUUAUGGAAAAGUAAAUAAUGAUUAUAGUUAUGUUACAACAACAACAGCUAAAAUAUAUCACUUAAAUAACUGUAAUAAUAAUAUUGAUAAAAAUGUUAUUAAUAAUUCAUUUGCUUCAACAACUCAAGGGACACCAUUAUUAGUUAAAUUUGAACCAAUAAAUGUUAAUGAAAAACUUUGUCCUUAUGUUGAUAAUGAUUCUUUUACUCUUUCAAUGAAAUUACAAGUAAAUUCUUUAACAUCAAGAUCAAUAAUUUUAGCAAUUGGUCUUCGUAAUUCAACUCUUCAUUUUGAGCCUUUAAUUGAUCCAAUAAAUUUAUGGAUAAAUCAACUAGUAGAUUUCUUUACAGUUGAAGAUUAUGCUGUACCUGGUUAUGUUUUACCAGAUACAACAAUUGAAUUACAUUCAAAUAUUGAAUCAGUUGUUAUUGCUCAUGAACAAAGAAAUAUUAUUUCAAAUUCACCAUAUGAAAUACGCUUUGCUAUUAAUUCAUGUUCAAUACAAAGUAAAAUUAUUCAAAACAUUGAUAUAUUACAAUUCAAUUGUAUUAUAGAAGAUUCAUCGUUAUUUAUGAGAUCAAGAAUUAGAAAUAAUGAUACAGAUUUUGAUCCUAAUGAAUAUAUUUAUCGUGGAACAAAUAUAUCACAAAUAUUAAAUGAAUUUGCAAAAAUUUUAUCAUGUGGUCAUUUAAAAUUACAAUUAUCAUUAUCAAUUGUUCCUGAAAAUACUAAACGUUUAAAAACACCAUUAUUAUCAGUUGUUUGCAGUAAUGAUAACUUAGAUAUUUGGGUUUGUUCAGAUACAUUAUAUAUAUUUCUUAAUGUAAUAACAGAAAUAGUAGAAGCAAAAAUUAAUAAUGAUAUAGAAAAGAAAGAACGUGAAGAAAAAAUGGCGAAAAAUGUUACAGGUGAAGAUUUAGAUAAAAUGUUAAAUAAUGAUAGAAAAAAUUCCAAUAUUACUAAUAUUGAAAAUGAUAAUACUACUGUAGAAAAUGAUAUAAAAGAAAAUAGGAAGACAGCUGUGGCAAUUGAAGAAAUGUUAUCUGAUGCAAUUGAUUAUGAUACUUCAAGUCAAAAAAAUAUUCAUAGUAAAUUAUCAACUUCUGUAUCUUUUGGCGAAAGAUCAUCAACAUCAUAUUCAAGUGAUAAUAGUAAUAAUAAGAAUAUCUAUAGUUCAGAUGACGAUUUUUGUGAUUUAACUGAAGAUAUUGGAACUGGAAUAACAGAUAAAAGUGGUGAAGCAAAAAUUCGUCAUUUAGCACAUUUAAGUGAUGGUUCACCUAUGCCUAUUGUAAUUGUUGAAGAUUAUUUUACUGGUCCACCAUUAGAAUCAAUGAAUGAUCCAACAAAUUUAGCAUCAUUUAAUUUUAAUGUUUUAACAGAAUUUAUUAUUGAAAAAAUGUCAAUAUCAAUAAAUAUUUAUGGUGGUAGUGAUUUUGGUGGAUACUCUUCAACACAAAAAUCAUAUAGUUCAUGGAAAACAAAACGUGAUCAUAGUUGUUGUUUUAAAGAAGGUUCAAUGGGUGGCCCAUAUAGAGAUCACACAGUAUGUGUGGCUUUUUGUUUUGAUAAAAUAUCAUUUAUGGCAAAAAAAUUUAGUGAACCUAAUAAUUUAACAUCAAUGGUUAAUUUAUCAAUAAGAGAUUUUUAUAUUGAAGAUCAUUUAAUUAUAUCAGAGAUAGAUAAAAUGCUUCAUAAAAAUGUAAAUAAUAAUAGUAGAACACAAAGUGAACAAUCAUUUAUUACAUUUAAAAUGAUUGAAAAUCAUUCUCACGAAGCUAAAAUAAGGAUGAGUUUAGUCCCAAUGAAACUUAAUAUUGAUCAAGAUUCAUUAAACUUUAUAAUAGACUUCAUAACAGAUGUUAUGAAAAAUGUUAAAAUUAUUCAAUCUUCUUUAUUACCAUCAUCAAUUGGAACAGAUAAUAGUGAUAAUGAAAUACCAACUGUACAAUUACCAUUAUCAACAUCACAUGAAGAUGAUGAAUCAAAAAUAAAUUUAUUAGAAAAAAAAAUUCAUUCACAACAAUUAAAUUCUUCUGAACCAUUAGUACAAUUAACAGAUAAUCCAAUAUCAUCUUAUAAUGAUGAUGAUUAUGAAAAUAAUAAAGAUCAUAAUAUAAGAAAUAAUUUAGGUGAUGAAAUUUUUAUUAAAACAUUUACUUUUACACCAGAAUGUAAUAUUAAAAUUGAUUAUAAUAAUAAACGUCUCAUAUCAAGUGGUGGUACAGCUGUAAGUAUUGCAAUGGGUCUUACAAGUUUAAAAGGAUCAGAAAUAACAUUAAAAGAAAUAAAAAAUAAAAAUGGUGUAUUAGGUGUUGGAAGGUGUAUAAAAGAUGCAUCAGAUGAAUGGUAUGCAGAUAUUUAUAAUAAUCAAUUAACUAAAAUAAUAAAAGGAUAUGGUCCAACAAGUCCAUUUAUUAAUAUGCUUCAAGGUAUUAGAGAUUUAUUUGUAUUACCUGUUGAAGAGAUAUAUAAAGUUGAUGGUCAUAUUGUUAAGGGUAUUAAAAGUGGUGCUAGUAGUUUUGGUGUAUCAGCAGCUACUGCAGUUAUUGAACUUGGUCAAAGCAUUAGUAAUGUUGUACAAAGUGUUGCUGAAUUUGCUUUUGAUAUUGUACAUCCUGAUCAUAUAAAUCCAAGAGAUGUUCAAAGACCAAGAAUACCAGGAAAUCUUAGAGAAGGUAUUCAUCAUGCUUAUGAUAUUAUAAAAUCGGAUAUUAAAGAUACAGCACGCCAUAUUCAGACAGUUACUUCACAAAAUUCAUAUGAAAAUAAUAGUACUGUUCUAACAUUAGCAAGAACUGCAGCUCCAGUUUUCUUUCAACCUGUUAUAUGUACAGCAAAAGCAACAAAAGCACUUCUUGAUGGAGUUAAAUCAGAAUUACAACCAGAUGAAUAUGCAGAGGGACAAAAAAAAUGGAAAAAUCAAAAUAAAUGA